AUGGAGGAAUCACAAACAAGUCCAUGUAGUGGCCUGUCAGAGCUCAACAAGGCGGCUAUAAACCGGUUCUGCUGCCAAUACCUUCAGCUGGAGGCACAGCUUGAUUUCCCUGACGGAAAAGUCUUGAAGACAGCAGAAGCCCAGGAUGAGAUCUUCAAUCGCAUAUUUGCGGGCCGCUCGCUUUCUUCCAUGAGUGCCAGAUUUCAGUUGCGAGUCUUGAAGGAGUUAGUAAAGAGAAUUCAGGACAGCAUAAGUGACAACGAAGCGGACGAAUUUGAGGUUUCGGACAAGAUAAUGGACCGCCUGGGCGAGCUCAUGUUCCAACCUCUGAUGUCUGAGGCCGACGAGGCCCAGCGCAAGUGUCUUGUGACGUACCGUCUGUCCCUCGUCCAGCCUCACGCGCACAUCGAUAUUCUAGAGAACCGUUCCCUAUUAUCAGCUGGCGGUACCACUGGCCUUCGGACAUGGGAAGCCGCCCUUCACCUAGGGCAAUAUCUGUCCAUCAACGACCAUCUCAUUGCCAACAAGCGGGUGCUGGAACUCGGCGCAGGCACAGGUUACCUAUCGAUACUUUCCGCGAAAAAUCUGGGGGCAGCACAUGUCACAGCAUCUGAUGGGUCAGAGGAGGUCGUGGAGAAACUCGCUGACAAUUUUGCGCUGAACGGCUUGGAAUGGGACUACAGCGUGGCCAGCUCGGCGCGCCUCAGCCCGAAGCUUCUCAAGUGGGGCCACGCGCUGGUCGGAACAGAGGAGCCGGAGUGGAACGGGGGCCGGAAGAUCGAUCUGGUCAUCGGCGCCGAUGUCACUUACGACCAGAAGGUUAUUCCGUUUCUGGUCUCGACCUUGAGAGAGCUUGUGGAACUUGAUGCGGACACCGAGAUCAUUAUUUCCGCCACCCAGAGAAAUGCUGACACUCUGAUGGCCUUCCGAGACGGCUGCGCCAGAUCCAGACUCCAGGUGGACGAGGCGGAAUUCUCAGUCAAGGACCAGCAGGAUACUCUCAUACGCCACGACCGGCCACUUGAAACCUUGACACCAUUCUACUCGACUCAGUGCAUGGGGCUCUGGCGAGCCAUAACCGGCGCGGCUGUAGUCAGGUGCGAUACCGAGAUCGAGCUGCAGAAGAUCAAUUUCCACUGUUCGCUUACCGCAGCGGGCGAGUCAUGUCCUUUCAACUCAUAUCAUAUCAGCCAUCAUGCGAUAGCAAUGAGGCUCGUUGACUUUCAUUUCCUUGCGACGGCCGGCCUCGUUACGGCCGCCCAACACUCUCACGGCAGGAUCGUUCGACCACGGGACUGGCAAGUUACCAGCCAAGAAGUCGAAAACUUCAAAUUCUACGCACAAUGGGCUGGCUCGGCGUACUGCAAUGACGACUCCCAGCCAGGCGAGAGCGUCGUCUGUUCACUCGACGUCUGCCCUGACGUGGAGAGCCACAACGCAACAAUAAUCUCGAGUUUCAGUGACAAGACUUUCACCAGUCUUGAGGGCUUCAUUGGCCGUGACCCUGUCCGGUCGGAGAUCGUCCUCUCGAUUCGUGGCAGCGAAUCGAUCCGCAACUGGAUUGCAGAUUUGACACUCAGCAAGACUUCAUGCUCCGACUCGGGACUGCCCGUGUCCGACUGCGAAGUGCACAGCGGCUUCAACGACGCCUGGGAAGAUAUCUCAGAUGACAUCUAUGACUCCAUUUGGUCCGCGUUCCAGACAUAUCCCAACCACACCCUCGUCGUGACCGGGCAUUCUCUUGGGGCAGCUGUCGGGACGAUCGCGGCGGUACACUUGAGAGAAGCCGGCUACCCCUGCGACCUGUACACAUUCGGCAGCCCGAGAGUUGGCGACGAGGGUUUUGUCGAGUUCAUCGCCUCGCAGGACGGGCGCGAGUACCGUGUGACCCACUCAGACGAUCCCGUCCCCAGGAACCCGCCGAUCGAUGAGCCAUUUGGCGGGCUGUUUGGAAGCUUUGGGGGUGGCUAUCGACAUACCAGUCCGGAGUAUUGGCUGACUAUUGAUGACGGAAAAUAUGUUUCGCCUUCCUCAGUGACUUCGGACAACAUGGUCUUGUGCGAGGGAAUAGACAACGAGGAUUGUAAUGGGGGCACCGGUGGGUUCGAUAUUUCGGCCCAUAGGUAUUACUUUCGCAAUAUCUCGGCUUGCGCUCCUGGCUUCCAGAUCUAA